GCUGUUACAUAACAUAAUUUCCAGCUCGUCCUGUCAGUUUCUUAUCAGUUUUCUCAAUUGACGCUACGAUUAUUUUAAAAAAACCCGUGUACCUUCUUAAAUCUUUAAUUUUAUACUUUUUCAGACAGUUUGAUCGCCGAAUAAGUUUUUGUCGUAGAGGUUCUCCAUCGAGCAUUUGUUAUGUACUGUCGAUACAUAAGUUUUCUCUAAUCAAAGAUACUACGCAUUCAAGACACCCGCAAUGUCUGAGGAAAGUGAUGUUCUGGGAGAACCAACCUCUCCAAGGCGGUCCAAUGUGGAAAGUGGAAUGCUCAGCAAGAAAGGCAUGUCUACCCUUAGAGUGGUGAUUUUGGGUCUUAUUGUCAUUGUUCCUGGAGUAGCCCCUGGGAUGAGUUUUGGAUUUCCUGCUGUAGCAUUACCACAGUUGAAUUUAAACAUCGAUGAAGCAUCUACGUUUGCAAGUCUGGGUGCUAUAGCAAUGCCUAUUGGGUGUUUGCUGAGUGGUCCAGUGAUUGACCGCUAUGGACGAAGGACAGCUCUCAUGUUGAUAAACCUGCCAAGCUUCAUGGGCUGGCUGCUCAUAGCCUCAAAGCCUCACCUGACAAGACUCUAUGUUGCUCGGUUAUUAACUGGUUUAGCUGUUGGACUCGCAACAACUCCAGCAGCUGUCUACUCGGCGGAAUGUCUCACUGUUCACAAAAUGAGUCUUCGAGGAAGUCUGACGACCUGGUCCACAGUUGCGCUCACAAGUGGUAUUCUUCUUGUUUACUUUACCGGUGCCCUGCUAGCAUACACAACAGUUGCAAUAAUUGCAUCUGCCAUCUCACUGUUAUCAUUGGUGCUCAUUUCUUUGUUCAUCCCAGAAAGCCCGACCUGGUUGAUCGAUCAAGGCAGGUUUGAUGAUGCUGAGAAUGCAGACAAGAUUCUCAAAAUCCAUCGUAAACGGACAGCGUCCGAGUGCAGUCAGCUAAUCCCAAAAGAUAGUCCCAAAGAGAAAAAGGAAGAAUUUUUCUCCAUGGAAACUAUUCGCAAAACAGUCCAAGACUUCCGUGAACCAGAAGCGUACAAGCCGUUAGUGAUAAUGAUAACUUUUUUGUUUUUCCAACAAUUUUCUGGUUUGUACGUCAUGAUAACUUACAUGGUAGAUAUCAUCUCCUCUGCCGGUGUUGAGGUUGUAAAUCCAUACCUAGUUACUGUGAUCUCCGGAGUAGUAAUACUUAUAGCUGCAAUAUCUGUGACAUUCUUGCUUCCAAUUUUUGGAGUGCGGAAGCUCUCUAUGUUUUCAUGUUUGGGUGUUUCCGUUUCAAUGUUGACCUAUGGAAUGUACUUAUCAGUGCGGAGUAAAGUUCCAUGGGUGAGCAACUAUCCCAUCUUUGGGCUCAUACCUGUUUUCGCAAUCGUUUUAAAUGUUUGGAUGAGUGGUAUCGGUUUUAUUCCUAUCCCGUACUCAAUGCUCGGUGAAGUUUUUCCUCCACAUGUAAAAGGAACUGCUGGAGGUAUUGCAUCUAGUUUAUCUUCAAUUUUUUGUUUCAUUGCAAUAAAAACAUAUCCUUAUCUUUUCUUAAAUUUAGAAGCUGGGAUUUUUUACCUGUAUGGAACCUUAGCUCUUUUCGCCUCUCUUUUUGUGAUAUACUACUUGCCCGAAACACGUGGACGAACUCUAGAAGAAAUAAAUUCAAGCUUUUCAUCCAAAAAGAAAAGUGAAUAUGAGCAACAUUGAUUUUUUUUGUCAAUGUUUGAUCCGUGGAAGGAGGUUUUUUACUCGUACCUCAAUGCAUUUCAUUUUAAUCGCUUCCGGCCGAAAAUAUAGUAAAAUUAACUUUUGGGUGAAAUAGUACACCCACUGUAUCAGAGACAACAUCCAUCUAAGUUUGAAUUAUUUUUUUCUAUACAUUUUAUGCAUUAUAUCUGUAUUAGGGUAUCACAAUAAUUCAUGUCCGGUAUUAAAAUUCUUUCAGGUACGAAUCCACAUUGUACCAAAGAGACGCAUUAAAGCAACAAGAUCUGCCUUUUUUUUUUUAUCAAAACUAUUGUGAUUUAUUUCUUGUACAUAUUUUAUUUUUUCUAUUGCCUAUUUUCCCUUUGUAUGUUUGCCUUUCAGUGAAUACUCCCUUUCCCUCAUCCUUCAGAGCACCAUGACUGCAAAAGUUUUUUUAUCUCCGUCUUUCUUCCAGAAACGGUCUCAUUUUGUUUUCCUUUAUGCUUUUUAGGAUGUAAAAUGUAAAUUUAUAAUGAUGAGGAUGUAAACCUAUAAGAUCAGAGGAGGGAGUCCAAUGGUUGUGAACAAGGGGUUACAAGUGGAAAAUUGUUUUUUGUUGGUUUUUUUUUUUUAUCUUUUGUACAAAUGCUCAUUUUGGACUUAAAUUAUUUGUUUGUUUGUUGUUUUUGUAGAAGUAAAGAAUUGGAAUACUUCAUUAGAUGAAGAAUUUUCUAUGAUGCUGCUCAAGUUUUCAUCAACAAAAUGAAUUAAUUAAUCCAACAAAUUAAUUAAUUAAAAAUUUUAAUCAAGCUUUAAGUUCAUAGAUCUUAGAACUUAAUAUUUCAAAGCACAUCCUCAGUGUUUUGUGCUAUUUGUCGAUCGCAAGUUCUUUGAUUAGUCUUCUGAGUAGCAGCGGUGAAAAUAUCAAGUGAAAGUAUUAAAAAAAACCCUGUUUAUCUCUCUAAAAGUCUGAUACCAGUUAUUUUUUUCUUUUUUUUUUUUCAUCUACCAUCUGUAAAGCUUUCAGUUGACUGGGGGAAAAAAAUGCCAGUUAAAAGCUGGGAAUGAGGAGCAUGUUUCCCUAGAAAUCUAGAAAGAUUAAGUCUUAUUUGAAAUCUGCAAGGUUGUAAACUACAAACUUACUUACGGUGUUCUAUUAUUUUUCAUUGUGGUUCAGUAUAAGCGAGGAAACCUCAAAUUAAGCGUUUUCUCAAGAUUUUCUCCAAAUUGUUAUUUUCAAGUCAAAAAAUCAAUUUUGCAGGUUUUGAACCAAGAGGGUCAUGAUGAAUGCAUAUGAAGACAAUUGUUUUGAAAAUUGAGGCAGUUAUAUUCAAAACAGUUCAUCUAUGUUGAGAUUGUUUAACCUUUCUGCUACCUAGUAAGUGUCCUAGUGCAAGCUUUCCCAAGAGUGUUUACUCGUAAUUAGGAGGAAAUGUAAUCAAAUUUCAUCCGAAAAAACUAGAGAAGGUAAUCUGCUGUUAGGAAUUCAUGUUUCACCAUUCCACUUGAUCUAUUGAUUGAGGAGACCUGUUUUAAAAAUGACUGCCUUGACUAUUUUUUUGUUUUUUAUUUUGUAAAAAUUAAGUUGCUUAAAGGUUAAGUUAAGUUUAUAGCUUUUUUGUAUCACAAAUAAUGAUUUAGUAGCUUUAGUGCACCUAAUGUACAAUGUACCAGAAUACAAGCCUCAGCAUUUUUUCCCGAUACUAACAAAGAUAGAUUUGCUGAAGGAACUGUCAUUUUCAAAUCACAACUAAUUAUCUUGCUUUGAGAUAAUGCGUGCCUUUCAAUUUGUUACUUUUUUAAGGUACCUACCCAAUAUUCAUGUGUAUCUGAGAAUUUUAAUCGAUCAAUCAGCGUGAAGAUCAUGGAAAUUGAGCUAGGUCAAAUAUGCUGUUAAUGGUUGCUGGCACUAAUUUGAAUCUAUCUUUUUGAUCUUCCCUGAAGUAACAGAAUUCAAAAUAACUGAUUAUUUUUCGGGAGAGUUUUUUUCUCCUGUGUCUAUUCAUAUAUUGAUCAAAUUUAUGGACAAGAAACUGCCCUUGAAUAAUUUUUAACAAUUUACUUAAUCAUGAUCAAUUACUAACAGAAUUGUCUUAGUUUUUUGUUGUUUUCUAAUUGAUGCUACAUACAUGUUAUUGUGAUGUUUUGAGUCUCAAUAUAGAGAAAAAUUUCAUCUGACGAGGGUGUAGCUCCUCCUAGCAAUGAACUUAUUCAGCUCUUACUUUCAGCUGAUUUUUAAAUCUAUUCUCGGUCAAAUCUUAUCUAUGACUUGUAGUGUUCUUAUUAUCAUUUAUUUAACAAAUUUUCUCUUGUAGCUAGUCAUUCAAGCAACUGUUCGUUUUUUUUCACCAUUUUUGUACCUCUUGAAUGUUUUCAUUCUUAGGAUUAGUGAGGGAUUAUAAAGUUUACAAAACUUCUAAUUUAUUAGUAUUUUUUGUUCUAAGAGAGAGAGUCAGAACGAGAUAUUUUAUAGGUUCCUCACUUAUGAAGUAUGUUCAAAAUUAUUUCCCUUUAUUAGUCUUAUCUUUUCUUCAGAUUUUCUACCUUUAAGCUUUGAAAACUUCCAACAUGUUUUUCUAUGACAGUAAAUUCUGGUAGAGGUUAGUCCAAAGGACUGAAGUUUGCAGUAUCAAGAAAUUUGGUGGCAGGGAAAUUUAGAUAUUUUUUUUAUAAUGUUCCUUACGGCCUCCUGAGUACAAUGCGCUUUUGAAAUUUUACUUUUUAUGCGUAAAUCUUGAGGAAAGCAAGGCUGAACAGUGAAAUUUUCGGCAUCUUUAUACGCAAUAUCUAGCAUGAAUUUUCCAACAUUUUGUCUGCAAUUAAGGAAGUCUUUUGUUUUCUUGCAGGCUAGGAGGGUAAGAUAGAUAAAAAGGAACAAAUUCCUCCAAAAAAUAAGAAUGUGUGGUGCAGCGUCCAUACAUACCUUACAUCAGUCCCACAUUUCAAUUUGAAAACGCUUUUCUUGAGAAUUACACAUAAAAAGUUUAAUUUCAAUAGCUUAUCAUUCUUAGGAGGUUGUAGGGAGCGUCAUAUCAAAGAGCGUCGAAAUUAACUAGUGCUGACUUUCUUGGUAUUUAUUGUGUGCAUAGUCCUUGUAAUGCUGUUAUUUAAUUUGGUAAAAAAGAUUUGUUGAACUAGAUACUAAAAAAACAACAACAAAAACAGAGAAACCUUUAACAUUAUCUAAUAGAUUUAUCAAGAAGGGUAAAAUUCCACAUUUUACAAUUAAAAACAUUCAAUAAUUACGCAUGUAUUUGAUAGAAAUGUGGAAUGUUUUCAAUAAUGAUCCUCUUUUAGUUAUUCCACUAUUUUCUCCCUUACUUUUUAUUUAUUUUUCAUGUCUUUUCUCUUUCCGGGUGCUCAGUACUUUCUUACUCUGGUGUCAAUAUUUUAAGUAUUCAGGAUUGUCCGUAGAUUAUGUAAGACACUUUUUUCAGACUUUUGAUACCCCCCUACGUCAAAAAUGUCUCUUUCCCUCCUACCCUUCUUUUCAGUCUUUUGUGAGGCAGCCCCAGUCUCUUCUGCUUCGCCUUAGUGCUGUACAUAAUUUACGGAUGACCCCUAAAAAUGAAAUUUAUUCUCCUUAAUCAUUAGAAAAAUUUGAAUAAUUUUAGAAUUCAUGUUAAAUAUGAACCUAGUCAGAAUCAUUUACUAAGAUUAAUGACUGUGUUAAAAAUAUGGCAUUCAGCUGGUAUAGAAAGCAUCCAAGUAUUAUUUGUUGCUCCUAUGAGGAGAGGUGAAAGCUCCAUGUUAUGCACGACUCCAAAUCUGAAGAACGCUCAAUAUUUUGGGAAGAAUGAUAACUCUUUGGAAUAUGCUACUUAAAAAUUUAUUUAAGUUCGGAUUGUGGCUCUAUCGGCAGUUGAGAGUCUUGGUUUGCAUUAGGAAAGUAUUUUAAAAGAGAAAAGGUUCAAAGAAAAACCCUAAAUCCUAGCCAUGUACUUCAAGAACAGUGUGUGGAUUUUGAAGCUUGUCAUGGCUUCAGUUUUUUUUGUUAGCGAGUCUUUUGAGGAAAAAUGCGAGUAAUCAACUUACUCAUUUGCCAGAGCUUUCAAUUUGUUAUUUCAUGAGAAAUCAAGAAUUAUCCUAAUUCACUCAUUUUAUAUUGUAAGCAAGCUCUUAACCCUUAUCAUAUCUAUUUUUCAAAAUAUUACUAAACGUUUCUUUGGAUAUGUUUCCCCCUCUUUUUCACGUGAAUAUGAACUAAAGGAUGUCUUGAGUACCUACUUGAUGAGUGAAAUACCCGGUUUUUUAGUGUUGUUGAUUUUUUAUGAAAUUCAAGCCUGUUUUCUUCUUAUUUUCUGUAAAAAAAAUGGUGAUUAAUUUUUUCCUUUUCAUACAUUAUGUUCUAAGCUAGUUACCUUUAGUUUAGUUUUCACCUUGUACCUCGUAUGAUUGGUUGUGAACUGGAAGUAUUUACUUUUACUUCUCAUAAUACUGCUUCAGUGCGGUGGCAGUCUUUAGAGGUGAUUCAAUAUUCCCUGUACGUACGUACUUUUGUCUGUGCACAUACAAGAUUUAUUGUAAAUACAAUCAGCAGCCUGAUUGUUGACAUUUUGUGUUUGUUGGGUAGACAUAGAUAACAUAGGUUAAAAGGCGGAGCCUGAUUGGUCAGCUAUGUCUUAUCACUAUUUUAUCCUGCCUUUGUCAGGUGGAAUGGACGACAUAUUGUCGGAACCUUAAGAGGUGCCUUUAGCUUGUAGUGAGGUCCGCCCCACAUAGGCACGACAAAGCAGCGAUAAGACAUAGCAGACCAAUUACGCUCUGCUUUUUAACCUAUGUCAUCCAUGUCUACCCUACUAACACCAAAUUUCUACAACCAGGCUGCAGGCCGGUACAAUGAUAAAAUUAGUUUUAAGUUGUAAAAAAAAAUUGGAAUAUCGACAGUUAUGAAAAAAGUUAGGAGUCCUUGUGAGAUAUUUAAUUCAUCUUUUUGAUCAUGUUUGCUUGAAGGAUUUGUUUUAUAAUUGAAGUGAAAUCUAAUUAGACCAGACCAUAUAGUAGGUCACCUGCAUUCAACACUUAAAGACUAGAUAUGAAAUCAAAAAUAUUUACAGCGAAGAGAUGCGGAGAAUUGCCUCAUGUAGAUCAGGUUUUUUGAAGUUAGUGCAUUCAAUUUAGGUUCUUUUCAAUGGACUGCAUUUUGCACCUAAGAACUACUAUUUUCUAGCUUAUCUGUAAAAGUACUCACUUAUCUGCAUUAAAAUCCUGCUGGCACAAAAUGAUUCUAAAAUGAGCCGGAAAUCUUAGUUUCUUAUUUCAAAAUGUAAUCCUUUGUGGUAAAAAUUCAUUUCUUAAGAAAAUCUGAGGAUUUUAUCAAUAAUCGUCCUACUGGUUUCGAUUUUGGCGGUUUUCUAAUUUCACUUCAAAUAUUAGAAAAUAAAUAAGUAAAUUAACCGCAUGAUAUUUUCAGAAAUUUUAAGAUCUUUAUACGCAAGUACUUACCAGAAAAUUAAGUUCCACUGAUCACAGACAUAGGUGAACACUAAACACUAUCAAACCAUGGAGUUUUUCUGCUAUGUGAAUUUUCAAGUCUCCACUUUUUUACCUCUAUGUAUCAAAAUUAAUUGAUCUAUGUUAUCGCAAUUUAUCAAUCUACUUAAAGCAGAAAAUCCACUUUACAAGAUUUUAAUUUUUUUUUAAAAAAGUGCAAGUUAACUUAAACGCAGUCAAAAUCAAAACAAGUUCUAUACAAACCUACCUAUCAAAAUAAUGCCUUGACUUACCAUAAAACUGUUUCCUCAAAGAAGUAAGAAGUAACUUUUAAGGUCUACCAAACAUCAACUUUUAAAUCUAUUAAUCGAACAAUGCCACGUUUCUUUAGGAAAAUGUAUACCUACUUGUCCGCCGGACCUAAAAUUCUCACCGUAACUUCCACCUUUGUCGAUACUUUUUGAUAGGUUUUGUUUCAUUUGCAAUAUUGAAGCUCUGCUGUUUGCAGUAUAGCCGUACAUAUGAUGGGUUAUGAUAGCCAAUACUCAGUGCAAUUUUUCCUCUUUUUAACCAUGAUCAGGACUACGUAUAAAAAAUUAUUAUAGAAUUCACUUAAAAAUAUUGAUUUUAUUCCCUUAUGUUGACUAAUCUAAAGUCAAGAAGUUUUGAUUGUUUCACACGUCCCUGAUAUGUCAUUUCUUGUCGCAAUUUAUAGUGCAUAUUUUUUUCACCUUGCCCUUUUUGCAAAGUACUGUUUUUUAAGGUUUAUACAAUUGCCCAGCAUUAAUGUGACUUUUUGUUGUUUUGUAAAAUUCACUGCAAGGUUUAUUUUAUGAACCUUUUGUGCCAUAAAUUUUAAUAAAACGGUAUCGCUUUUUAA